AUGUUUCAUAUCCUAUUCACAUCGGCGUACCACUACCCACUGAACCGCGUCAAUUUCCUCCUACAAGUUGUGUCGACGCUAUUUAUGUGGAUCUUCUUAAGUGCGACGCUCGCAAUGACGCUGCAAGACCUCUACAAUUUCGCGCAGUCGUGGCCCUACAUGUUUCCCUACUUGGCCUUCUCUAUUCCUCACCGACGCGAUUGGAAUGCCGUGCAAAUUGCCUUCUGGGAUAUCCUCAGUGCCUUUGCUUCCUUGUCCGCUCAUAUUACCCACAUUCAGUUUCUUACGUUACUUUUCCCAUCGCGUCUCGAAAAGUUGCUCAUCUUUUGGAUCCUUGGGCCUUUAGCGCUGAUCCAGGCGGGUAUGGAGUUUUCUGACUUUUCUCCCCCUGACGAUUACAAAACACAUGACUUGGCUGAUGCGAUCGUCAAUAUCUGCGAUAGCUCCCUGGCCUUGUUGUACAUGCUCUCCAUCCUGAUAUGGGGCUGUCUUGUGAACUGGCGCCGUGCAUGGCGUCUUGAUGGGUCAACAGCCGCAUUUGGCGCUUUUACUAUCGCCGUUGCCCUCUUCAAAACGGUGGUCAGCUUUGUCCAUAUCGGCUACGACCGCUUGUAUUGGAUGCGCGACUUCUCCGCUGCGUUUACCAACUGGCAAAGUUGGCUCGGCUUUUGGUGGUGGGUGUCCUCAGGCAUGGGCAUUGGCGAGUACGAGGACCAAGUCCGUCGCAUUGAGCGCAAAAAGGCACGAAAGGCACGUCGGCAGCGCAAACUGCGUGCGAAGCAACGCAAAGUGGCCGGCGGCGGCGUGUCGUUUGGUCCGUUGCUCGCGUCGCGGUCCAACGUCGUGACCUCAACAAGUGCCGUCAAACCUGCUCAUACGAUACCCGUCACAAGCCCCUCAGCGAUUGCUGCAGCUGCAGCCGCGGCUACCACUGCCCCACCCCCUGUCGUCAUCGCUGUGCCACCGCCCAAUCAAGGCCCGCAGCCAUCCAUACCGAUCCCACCGCAUCUUCGAGCGCGAUCUUAUUCGACGACAUCGUCUGGCUCGCCUGCUCCGCCUAUCAUACCCAGUGCCAGCGAUCCCUACUUGGAUGGCACUCAUAUCGGCAGUGAUCCCACCACCGAGUCUCUGGCUGGAACGCAGACUAGUGGUUCAGAUUCCUUGCCAUGGCCUAUCUCCCUUCUUCGACGGACAGCCACACACUUUCCGGCGUUUGUACAACGCCGCCUCGACAUGUUGCAGACGGCACAUCGUGAUGCUAUUAGUGACGCGGCUAUUGAGCAGGCAACUGUAUACGAACGUGUGAUGCAGCGAUGGCCGUCUUCGUUGGUCCGUCCUGAUAUCAUUAAGCGCGCACGUUUGCAGGAUAAGACAGUGUAUGAGUAG